CAAAAAUCUUAAAUGGGGAACGGGAAGGGGAGAGGGUUGAAUAGGUAAGCAAGAACCAGGUAUUUGAGUACCUUGUAACCGUGUUCUAGAUUUCGAGUUUUGUUUGAAAGGCAACAAAGAACCUAUCAAAGGCUCGAAAGUAAGUGUUACAUGUGUCAUAAGUUGCAGUGUGUAAGUCAGAAAGUCCUAAUAGGGCAUGAUGUGGAAGGCCACUGAGUGGAUGUGACAAAGUGAUGGCUGGCUGGCGGAAUAGGUAGAUGGAUGAUACCAUGUAAAGGUGGGCUGAGACGCCUUCCACAGUGAUAAAUUCUUGGUCAUUGGAGGUGUUGGGGUGUCUAAGUGGGGAAUCAAAUGGGUUUAUUGGCCUAGAUUCUCUUAGAGGCACCUUAUACUGAGAUUUAUAAAACCUUGUAUUGGGUCAUAAACAUCACUACAGAUAAUAGUUGCCCUUAUCUAUAUGUGUAGCAUGCAUGGUUCUUUUACACAAAUUACUGCAUUCUCUCUACAGCUCUACAAGGUAAAAAUUACUCCCACUUUACAAAUGAAGAAUUGAGCCCCAGAUUAAGUAAUUUGCUCAAGGUAACGAGAUUAAUGAAUAGCAGAGCCAAAAUUUGAACCCAAUUCCAUUAUACUCCCAAAGGCCUGUCCUCAUAUCAGCUACUCUGUAAAGCUUCUGUACAAACGAUUAGGUUGAUACAAAAAUAACUGCGGUUUAAAAGGUUAAAAAUUGCAAAAACCGCAAUUGUGCACCAACGUAAUAGUACACAAAUGGUAAUAGGCACUUGAUGAAUAAACAGUUUAGGCUGUAAAGAUAUCUGGAAUUCUAGGGGAUAUCUCAUUGACUUAAAAACAUUUUAAUGCCUGCUGUGUACCUGCUAUGUACUAGGGAUAUGGUAGUCAAUAAAAUGGGCAUGGUCCCUGUCUUCCUGGAGUUUACAAUAGUCAGGGAACAUGGAUAUUAAACCAAAAAUUGCACAAGUAACUACAGCUGUGUUAAGUGUUUUUAAAGUACACGUAGAAGGUACCACGUAACAGGGAUCUACUCUAGUGUAGGGAGUCAGAUAAUGAUUCAGUUGUCACAACCCUGUCUUUCUCCAGAAAGUUUCUGGUUACCAUUCUUGAAUGGUUUCUGACCUAUAUUUAACUUGUUAGAGUCAAAUUUUAGGACUUAACCUGAGUCACUUUCAGCCCUUGCCAGAAAGGAUUCUGGCGACAUCAGUCACUGGCUGACUGGGUUUAACAUCAAUAGCAGUCACUCCUAAACCAUUUCGCCCUGACAUAAGUGCUGUAUUUCCAGCAGCAUUCUAGACUCCGUUUUGUGGAUGCGUCUCUGACAACUCAAGCAACUUACCAUAGCUCCCCUUCCUGCAAAAAACAAAAGUUAUUCCUUCCCACCAGCCUUCCUUAUUCCUGUUCUUUCAGUCAACCAUAAUGAACAACUUGAGAUUGCAUCAGACAGUAUUUUCUAAACAUUAUUUGUCAUAACUGACCCCUUUUCACCUUCCUUAUGGUGCUUCUUGGUGCACACCCUCUUUUGGAUUCUUGCUGUCUUUGUAACUGAUCUUGCAAUUUAGAUUAUAUAUUUGUGUGUGAACUAGCUUUUUUCAUGUAAGCUUUUUAGGAACAGACCAUCCGUUUUAUAUUUUCAUACCUCCUUGUUGAGUAGGUGGAUACUACUCAGUAAUUAACUGCUUUGAUGACGUGUCACAGUGCAACAUGCUACUGUUUACAAAGUGCUUAGAAAAUUAGACCAUUUAUUUCUAAUAGAAACCUUGUGAAGGAGGUGGAAUCCCUGCUAAACAGAUGAGCAAAAUGAGGAUCAAGUAUGUUAAAAGCCUUCCCAAAGAUCACAAUCUCUAAACAAUAGUGACAUACGAAAAAAGGGAAUGCUACAAAAUAACCUCCCUCCACAUUUACCAAGCAAACUAUUCACUUGUUAGUAAAGCCCCCUCGAACUCUUGUCUCCACAAAUCUCCAUGUAGCCUCAGUUUUCUCAUUUGUUGUGUGAAAAUAAUUGCUGUCCAUUUCCAUGGAUUUUUGGACAUGGUCUAUAUCUACACUGUCCAGGAAGGUAGCCACUAGCCACCUGGGGCUACUUAAAUUUCAUUGAAGUAAAAUGUAAAAUUCAGUUCCUCAGCCACACUAUCCACCUUUCAAGUGACUUAAUGGCAACCAUAUUGGACAGGGCAGAUAUGGAACACUUCCAUCUCUGCAGAAAGUUCUGUUGGACAGUGUGUUGUGCUAGCACUAGGACUUGCCAAAGAUCAGAGAAAGCAAUAUGACUGAACUGAAAACCUAGGCCAGUUGGUUUUGAGUGAGAAGGUUCACUAAGUGAGUGGGAAGCAAGCUGACCUUUGGAACUGUGACAUCACAAAGCAUGGCUCACAAUGGCUCCAGUGCCAGGCCUCCCACCCAGGCCACUCUCCUUAACUCAGAUAUGAAGUCUCUGCACAUGUAGCUCCUGAGGCUGCUGUCUUACUAAAAUGUCAACGUUUUCACCUUCAUCUUCUGUCUGGGACAACAUCCUAGAUUAUGACUCUCUGAGUUCGAUAUGGAAUUGGCUACAAGCAUCUCUUCAGGGCAAGACAAGAGCACCUCAGCAAACCAAUUUGGGGCUACUAGAUAAUUUUGCUUCAGCUGUGCAAGUUAUCUUGCGGACUUUCUUUUUUAUUUUGUUGGGAAUAGGACUAUACACCUUAUGGAAACGAAGUGUUCGGUCAAUGCAGAAAAUACUGUUGUUUAUAAUCACACUCUACCAACUUUACAAGAAGGGCUCAGAUUUUUUUCAGGCUUUGAUGGUCAACCCAGAAGGAAGUCUCCUACUUGAAGACAACAAAAAUUUGCUCCUGUCUUUGGGUCUGCAAGAGAAAAUUUUGAAAAAACUUCAGACAGUGGAAAACAAAGUGAAGGACCUGGAGGGGAUGAUGAUUUCCAAAAAACCUGCCACGAAGAGGGAUUGUUCCUCUGAGCCCUACUGCAGCUGCUCUGACUGCCAGAGUCCCUUGCCCACAUCUGGAUUCACUUCCACAUCUGAGAUGUGAUGGACUCCAAUCUUUUCCAGAAAAGCAUUUUUUCCCUCAUGUGCAGUGAUGUAUCAAUAAAG